AAAAACAACAAACACCUUUCUAGCAAUCAAAACAGCAGAAAAAAAAAUGGAAGCAAUAUCAGUUUCUAAAUUGCACAAUCCACACCAACCAGUAAGGUCCAUUAGCUUUCCCAAUAGAACAAACCCUUCUUCUCAGAGAGUUGAAGCACUUCUAAACCAUCUAAAACCUCAUCAUUCUCACCCACUUUUAGAAGCAAAGACAAUUCAGAGUGAAUUGGUUCUGCUUGCAGAACUCUACAUCAGCAUGGAAGAGCUUUUCCAUUCUCCACAGACCCAACAAGCUCUUCUACACUACCAAGAUGGGAAAAUGGUAACAGAUUCAUUGUGUGGCUCAGUUACUUUGCUAGAAGCUUGUGAUUCUGCAAGGGAAUUGUUGUUGAUUCUCAGAGAACACAUUCAAACUCUUCAAUCAGCCAUACGUAGAAGAAGAGGAGAUUCAAGCAUUGAAAACAACAUUGCUGCUUAUGAAUGCUUUAGGAAGAAAUCAAAGAAGAAAAUUUCCAACCAAUUCAAACAGAUGAAGCUAAUGCAGAAACAGAUCAGAGUAACCUUCUCUGUUCUGAAUCAAGAAAAUCAGCAUCUAACAUUGUUAGCAAGAGUUUUACAAGAAGCAAACACCAUCACAAUUUCUAUACUAAGUUCUGUUUUGUUAUUCAUUUCCUUGCCAGCACUUGGAACAACAAAAGGGUCCUCCUUGAUCUCCAAGUUGAAGUCAUUUUCCAUUGAGAAAGAACAAAAGAACAAUAUCAAUGGGGUUGCAGCAGAUCUCAAUAGUGCUUUGUGUUCACUCCUUGGAAGAGAGAAAACCAGUGAUUCUUCCAAUGGUGAAGGACAAAAAGCAUUGAGAUUGCUAGAGACAUUGAAUGUUGAUAUUGAUGGUGUAGAGGGUGGAUUAGAUUGCAUUUUUAAAUGUUUAGUGAAAAAUAGAGUGUUGUUUCUGAAUAUGCUAGCACAUUGAUUAGCCUAAUCAUGAGUAAAAAUACAUAUCCUCUGUAAAUGUGAGAAUGAUCAUAUUUUUUGACCUCCAGAAAUCAAUAUAUAUAUGUUUAAAUGAGAACAUCAUG